AUGUCCACCGCACUCAUAUUACUCGGGCUCUCCGUAGCGGCACUCCGCAAUGCGACUACCCGAACCCUUGCAAACCACCUAUCAGAUCUCUGCUACCGAGCCUCCUACGACACGUAUAAUGCGAAUGCCUACAGACAGCGAAUAAAAGAGGACCUCUGUACCGCUGCCCAAAACCGCCCAUCGUCCACUUGGGCGUCCUUCUUCAGCGACUUGUUGCGGAGAUUGACAGGGGGCCGAGUGAACGUCUAUAGUGUGGACGAGCUCUUGGCCUGCGCAAUUCGCUACCCUACCUUCUCUCCAGUGGUAUAUACCAUCGCCGACAUACUGUAUCCCGGGUGGAACACCCCAACUCAGGACCGGUACAGCGCAGUAUGGGUCUCCUGGACGAGCUAUACAUUCUAG